AUGAAAUGGGGAUUCUAUUGCGUCUUGCUGUUAGAUCAGCAGCGGAACAUAGUCAAGUUGGGACUGCCCUUGACUUUCACAGCAUCUCGGCCCAAUAAUUCGUACUGGGAAGGGAUAGCAUACAUCCCAGCCGAUUAUUUUCCACCCAGAGUUCAAUGGUUCAAUGCCGCCCUUCAACAUGGUGUCGGGAAGGAUCGUCAGUUUUAUCUCCUUCACGUCAUUCCUCGCGAGAAAAGGGGACCCGAACCAAGUUUUCACGAGUUGGAAUACUACGAUACCAUUGAGUUCUGGCGCUAUCUACCGGAGAACAAGCAGGCCACAUUGUCUCAGGUUUGGCUGGAUGCAAUGGGCAAGAAUCAUGGCAGCCGGUGCAACCCCGCUUCUUAUUUUCUCUUCCUCUUUAUCCUGUCUUUGUUUUUCAUCUAAAGUGUAUUCUACGGGAUUUAAAGUGACAGUCGUCAGCGAAAUCGAGCGUCAUGAUUGUUACUCUAGUUCUGCAUCGUCUGCUAGUCACCAGAAAUACAGGAACCCUACAUUCAUCAAGUUCUGCGGUGUGAUACUGCUUUCCGAAUGAACUCAUUGGACUGAAACUCGCGUGCAAUGAACACUUCCCUCCAUGCGAUAGCAAUAUCCUACGGAGGAGCGAUAGCAUCUGGGAAUCGCAUGGAGGUGAUGAACCUGGUUGGAGAUGGAAGGAGA